AUGGCCGUCUCUCAAGAAACCAGUGCCAGCUCCCGCACUGCCACUACUAAAUCAUCCACUAUGUCUCCUGGAAUUAGCGACGACGAUAGAUCCUUCGAACCCAACUCAGAGACAGAUCUGACGGAACCAGAAUACCUGCCUUCCUUAACUCAGAAGGCGAAACAAAGGAAAAUACGGCGGGUCCCUGCUUCAAGCCACCUUCAAGCAGACUCGGCGGAGAUUAGGGCGUCAGAAACUGAGAAUGUCACUAAUACAUCCGCUGUGGAGCUUGUGCACCGGGGCUGUUACAAAGAUCCAGCCGAUGAUAUAGAUGAGGAUCUCUCUAAGGUGCCAGAAGAUUAUGGCAGGUCUGAUAAUACCUGGAAACUGAACCUUCGACUAAAGGACCGCUGGGCUUGGUAUUGUCGGACCAAAGCAAUCGAGCUGUCAGCCGAUCUGAAGUGGGAAGAUUCAGAGGAUGCCUUGCGGCAAGCCUCCCUGAAUGACAUGCACUGGUUCCUGAAUUACAACAAAAUAGGUGUGGUGGGAAUGAGACACUUGAUUGAUAAAUGUGGGUUGGACAAACAGCCGCGCGCGAACACUCCUGUCUAUAUUGAAGACAUGCAGAUUAUUCUAUGUCUGUAUAACACCAUCAGGCUUUUCACUCAUUUACAGAUUAGUCUCCAGCGGGAUCUGCAUGGAGGACCUCCAGUGCUGAUGAUUGAAAUUAAACCCCAGUUUGUGAAGAGUGUCCUUGGAAUGUACAAGGUCAAUACGUUCGCACUACCAGAGAUUGUCUAUGGUAUAUUGCUUGUUUUCAGCCCACAUGUAUUGCUCUUUAUUAUACUAUUCUAUGAGAUGCUAAUCCCCCUAAAAAGGGUAAUGGAUAACUACUAUGUUUUCCCCAAGGUUGCUGUGGUUGAUGGCAAGCCCUGUAUCUUUGAAAUACAUGGUUUUCUGAAUGCUCUGUUCUCUCACCAGUUUCAUUACAGGACCAGAGAAUUGCUUAAUGAGAGUGGAUUUGUGAGCGACGCACAGCGUAACGAGAUUGUAUGCGGACUCAAUCUAGUUAAGGAAUUUUUAAGAGCUGUAAAAUGGAUGAGCUGUUGGAUUGACACAAGGCGGCCUCGGUACCUAACUGACAUGGAAAAAGCGUCAGUGGAGAAGGAUCUGGACUGGAAACAAGUGGUCAUUGAUAUUGAGAGGCAAUUGACAGGUGGUGCUGUUAAUGAUAAGCCUGCCUGUGAGGUGUUACAGCAAGAAUUUGCAAUGCCACCGGAGCAUAUCCUCCUUGUUGAGUCAUUUUUUACGUGGCCCACUUCAGACUCAUUGGAGGAUGAGUGGGCGAGGCGCAAUAAGGCCAUGAUGGUAGGCCCUCUCCGCGGGCGGCUAAAACAUCCUGCAUCAGAGGAUGAAGAAUUGAUUGUGGAUCCACCUUCUAAGAAGCAAAAGGGACCUAAGCUGCCAACUAUAUCAGCAUGGGAGAAGAAACUUGAUACCAUCAAGGAAAAGGUGGCAGCGGUCAAGCCAUCUGCAUGUUUUCAAUGCUUAAAGGAAUACACUGAUGUUUAUGGUGUGAAGAGACACUUCAAGGCAUCCCAUCUGCAGGAUCGCAAGUGCAAUUUCUGUGAUCUAUUGCUCCAGCAUGAAAUGCAUCUACGCUUACAUGCGGAGGAGGUACAUCGGCUUCGUACCUGA